AUGCCGUCCGCCACCGCGUCCGGGGUAGACAAUGGAGGCUCUGCCAAAUCCCGCGAGCACAACCAGGGGAAUCAGGAUCGGAAAUACACACCAGAGCAGAAGGCGGCUGUGCUGAGGAUACGGAAAUGUUCGGCAACGGCGUACUACGAGAUCCUGUCAUUGGAGAAGAGCGCCUCCGACGGCGAGAUCAAGAAGGCGUAUCGCAAACUGAGUCUGAUGACACACCCUGAUAAGAACGGGUAUGAGGGAGCGGAUGAGGCGUUUAAGUUGGUUUCGCGCGCCUUUCAGGUCUUAUCAGACCCCGAGAAGAAAGCCAAGUAUGAUAGGUUUGGAGGCGAUCCGGACAGCAGGUUCACCCCGAGUGCUGGUCCCUCGGGCGCUUCGCCUUUUGGCGGCUUUGGCGGCGGUGGAUUCCCCCGGUCUGCGGGUGCUGGGGGUCCGAUGUUCGAGGAGGAGAUCUCGCCGGAAGAACUGUUCCAGCGGUUCUUUAGCGGUGGGUUUGGCAAUAUGGGUGGUGGUUUCAGUCCUUUUGGUGGACCCCAGUUUGUUUUCAACAUGGGCGGCGGUCCUGGUAUCCGGGUUCAUCAGUUUGGAGGUGCUCGCCCCCGGAGAAGGCCCCGUGAGGCCAAUGCUCGUACCGAACCUACACCCUCUUUGUGGGCUACCUUCCAGCAGCUUCUCCCUCUUAUUCUCCUCUUCGUGCUUCCGUGGAUCUCGUCGCGAUUCUCCGGUUCUUCGACUCCGGCAGGCCCUUCGUACCGUUUUGACGCUGCCGUGCCUCCCCACACAAUGCAUCGCACGACACCCAAGUUGAACGUGGACUAUUAUGUAAAUCCCGGGGAUGUGGAAGACUACAGCUCGCGGAAAUUCCGGCAAUUGGACCAGCGCGUGGAGGUGGACUACGUUACGAAACUACGGUACGAAUGCGAAGCCGAACAACAUAGGCGCGAUCGCAUGCUCCAGGACGCCCAGGGCUGGUUCUUCCCGGACGUAGACAAGAUCAAGGAAGCGAGAGCAAUGGAGCUUAAGAGUUGUCGGCGACUAGACUCCCUCAAGGGGAGGUACUGA